AUGUGUGCUGGUACAAUACAAGGAAAAAUCACCGGAGAUGAUCUCCAAAUUUUCCCAUCACUCAUGGACGACUUUGACCUCAUCGAAGGAUACCUUCAAGACAAGCAACUCCAAUACCACAGCCGCAUCCUCCCGUCCAAGAGGCCCCUCAAGGUCGUGAUCCGUGGACUCCCGCUAUCACACCCCACCGACGAGCUCAUGAAUGAUCUGAAAGGACUUGGCUUCGACGUUGCGAAGGUGUUUCAAAUGCAAGUCGGACCAGAGAAAAAGCCCCUACCUCUCUUCAUAGCGGUCAUCAACAAGAGGGAAAAUUCAGAUGAUAUCCUCGGAGUUAGCCACAUUGGCUAUCUCCGCAUUUCUGUCGAGCGUCUCCGGCCCGUCUUCACCCAUCCUGUGCUACAAAUGCCAAAGUUUGAUACUAAAGUCUUUAAGUCCAAAGAUCCUUCAUCUGGUAUUUCAAAUGGUACAGUGGAUGAAACAACCAAUGGUGAAGAGACUAAUGAAAAUGAAAACACAAACCAAACAGAGGAAAAAAGUGCUGACAUAAUUGCCAAACUGUGCAAAUACAUCUGUGCAAAAGAUACAACUGAUAGGAUUCGAACUCAAACCACUCUUUUCCAUAUUUAUCAUUUAGCUCUUCAUGAUGAAUGGUUUCGUGCCAGAGAUCUCCUUCUUAUGUCACAUCUUCAAAACACUAUUGAGCAUUCUGAUGUUUCAACAAUGAUUAUAUACAACCGAGCUCUUGUGCAGUUAGGACUUUGUGCCUUUAGACAUGGUUACAUAAAAGAUGCUCACGCAGCCCUUUUAGAUAUUCAGAGUGGUGGCAGAGCCAAGGAACUAUUAGCUCAGGGUUUGUUACCUCAACGUCAGCAUGAAAGAACACCAGAUCAGGAAAAAAUUGAAAAGCGCAGACAAAUACCAUUCCAUAAGCAUAUUAACUUGGAACUCCUUGAAUGUGUUUAUUUAGUUUCAGCAAUGCUGUUGGAAAUACCUUAUAUGGCUGCUCAUGAAUUAGAAGGGAGAAGAAGAAUGAUCAGCAAAUCUUUUCACCAUCAGUUGAGAAAUAGUGAACGACAAGCAUUAGUUGGUCCACCUGAAAGUAUGCGUGAACAUGUUGUAGCUGCAUCAAAAGCUAUGAGAAUUGGAAAUUGGAGAGCCUGCAAGGAUUUUAUCAUUAAUGAAAAGAUGAAUUCCAAGGUAUGGGAUCUGUUCCAUCAAGCUGAAAAAGUCAGAGAAAUGAUAUCCCAAAAGAUUCAAGAAGAAGCACUUCGCACAUACCUUUUCACUUACAGCAGUUAUUAUGAUUCCUUGUCUGUUGCCAGACUAUCAGAAAUGUUUGAACUGGAUAAAUCCAUUGUGCAUAGCAUUCUGUGUAAAAUGAUCAUCAAUGAGGAAUUAAUGGCUUCACUGGAUGAACCAACACAAUCUGUCAUUCUACAUCGAACUGAACCAUCAAGAAUACAAGCUUUGUCUCUUCAGUUGGCAGAUAAAGUCUCUUCACUAGUAGAACAAAAUGAGCGGCUCUUAGACUUAAAACAAGGCUCAUAUUUCAGCAGAAAUUUAGGUCAGCAGACAGGAAAUAGAGAUUCAAAUUUUCAAAAAAGCAAUUAUGGAAACCAAGAUAGGAAUUGGAAUCGGAGGAACAAUCAACGUAAUUAUUAAAUAGCUUGUUUUGCAAGAAGAAAAGAAACUUCUAUUCUACAUUGUUGCAGUCCGAAGAUUUUUUACCGGGUGUCAUUUACAAUACAGAACUGAAUAUUGUAUAGAACUUUCAUUUUGACUUUAAAAAAACGAAGUACAUACUUUUAAAUAAAAUUUCAUGUGACUCAUGUUUGCCAAAGUAUUUUUUUUUACAUAGUAUUAAAUCAAUAUUUUACCUGAUGUUUUAUCUGUAACUUAAACCUCAUUAUUAUUCUUUCAUUAUACUGGGUUCAAGACUGUAUAAAACAAGCUGUUGUAAAUGGUAACUCUGAAAAUAUCACAUUUUAAAGUGUGCAUUACAAACUAAAUUUCCCAAUAAAAUUGUAUUGAAAAAGAAAAAA